GAAAAGUCACCGAAAAACAACAUUGAAUAAUCUGUGUUGGAUCGACGUCAUAAGCAACAGAUACAAAGCUUGGGCCAGGCGGGAGGCGAGCGGGAAAAUCGUUCCUUGCAGUUCGUUUCUCCGGUCCUUGUCAACGAUGCUCUGCGUCACGGAUAAGAAUCCCGAUUAAAGGUUCUCGAAUACACAUUGCUUGCCGGACCUGACAGGGCUAUAUCUCUUUCAGCCAUCAUGUUCCAUGGCGCAUCGCGGCGCGUCUGCGCCCACACCCCUCGGCUCCUGCAAUCUCGGUUGGUAACCACACGCUCGCUUUCUCUACUCAAUACAACGAGACUCGGCGGCCAGUCUCGACUACCACAGACCUUUAGAUAUGCACGCAUGCAAACGAGGCAAAUCACGUUCACCCAGCGGGUGAAAUUGGGCCUACGGGAAGCCUCCAAAGGGAUCUGGCGCAAAAACCCCAUCAUGUUACCCUUGGCGAUCCUGUCGGUCAUCGGAGCAACGGCAGUGUUUUCAUAUAUUGUCUACGUUGAACUUACUCAGGUUCGGCCGCGAUUCCACAAGUUCCCUCCUCCAGUCGCCGACGCGCUGAGAACCGCCGUUUACUACACCGAGAUCGACCUGAGUCCGGCCAAGGCGCUCAAGGCAUACAAGGAAGCACUGCAGAUCGCAUUCGAAAUGGGCAUGCAUCCAUACUCGGACGAGAUACUCGGAAUCAAACUCCAGGUCGCUAUGAUGUUGGAGAAAGCUGGGUUGGUUCAGCCGGCAAUCGAUGUGCUGGAGCGGACCAAGGCGGAGUCGUUGGACUGGAUUGAACAGGGGAGAAUGAGGAAGCUUAUCCAGGACAUGGAAGUGGAGAUGAAAAAGGAAGAUGCCACGGAACCCGAGGAUCCUGAAGUUCUAGAAGAACAAAAGAAGAUGAAGGAGCUAGAGAAAUUCGAAGAGCACCAACGCGACAAGGUGCUCAAGAAGGUCGUCGGAAUGAAUAUCAAACUGGCGGAACUGUACGCAAGCGAUUACAUCCAAGACGAGAAGAAAGCAGAGGCAUGUCAAGUGGCUGCAGUCGAACUGUGCCUCAAGGAGAUGAAACACCGACAGAGUCUCGGUAUUCCCGUUGGCGGUGCAAGAACUGAUAACGACAUGUGGAUGAACGUCAGCGAGAUUGCGACCACCUUCGUCGACCUCGCCACGACCUACACCAAGCAAGAGCGGCACGAGUUGGCCAUGCCGCUCUACCUUCGCGCUCUCGACAUGAUCCACAAGGAAGAAGGUGACUCGCCAUCCUGCAAGCAGGUAGUGCUUCUCAACGACGUGGCGAGCGCAAUGGCUGGCCAAGCCCAACGGCUGAAGAGCGGAAAGGCCGGCACAAGCACCUCCACCUCAAGCAGCAGCACCCUCCAGCAGCCCGUCCCGUCGCGCGAGGAGAUCAUCGGUGCUGCUAUGCAAUGGGCACAGAAGGCCAUUGACGUCGCCGCGAAAAUCCAGCCGCCCACCAGAGACCAGGACUGCGAUGUCUCUUGCGUUGCUGCUACCUACAAUCUCGGCGAGCUCGCGGAAAUGCAAAACAACCGCGAUCAAGCAGAGAAGUAUUACAAAGAGGCCAAGGCUCUCGCUCAGGGUCUUGAGUAUGAGGAGGGCGUGGCCAUCGCUGAUACGGCUUUGAAGCGGCUGGCAAAGAAGUAAAUACCACUGCGGCUCAGAUUCUCACCUCUCAAUAUAAAAAUUCAUGUACAAUAGAUAAAUAGUGCAAUCAUGUCAAGUGUGCCUGUAGAUAGUUAUGACAAGAUUCAUUGAAAGAAGUGAGUGGCUGCUAUAGCUUUUUCACAUUACGAG